AGUUUGUUGCAAACACCACUGCCACUGCACACCACACCACCUAACCAUAAGUUUUGUGUGUGCAGGUGCAACUAUUUAAUACAUAUAUAUGUUAAUCAUAUAUACUUAGUGCCCUACACACACCCACCACUGCUACUGGGGAAAACAGUGUGUGGAACGAAGUGUAACAAGAGCGGGCAAGAGCGCGAGCAAAGAGUUUGGUUUAGACUUAGUUGGGUGAAGAAGAUUGUUCGGUGGUCGACAGCGGUCGGGUCGUGGAGUGAAGUUGUGUUGCGAGUGGUGUGUGUUGGUUGGUUGGUCGUCGCGCUGGUCGUGUCGUCGGGACGGUGUCGAGUUUUUUUUUCUCUUCAAAAAACACGGGCCCCACUGUUUUCGCUUUACUGGAAGAACGACGUGUGAAAGUGAAUAUAUCAGAACGUGAAUAAAGAAACGUGUUCUGGAGCCAUGUCCGAAGAGAGUUUGGAUGAUCAACAGCAAAAAUAUGGAAAUCCAGGAGGAAUGGAUGCAGGAGGAGCUGAUUUUGACUCUGGUCAGCAAGGUCAGCAAGCCGAGCAGGAGUUGGCGACGAAAAUGUUGCAAAUACAAAGUAAAAGGUUCUACCUUGAUGUAAAACAGAACAAGCGUGGCAGAUUUAUCAAAGUUGCGGAGAUUGGAGCUGAUGGGAGAAGAAGCCAAAUCUUCCUAGCACUUAGUACAGCAUCGGAAUUUCGAGAUCAUCUUUCAACCUUUAGUGAUUAUUACGCAUCUUUAGGUCCACCAAAUCCUGAUAAUGUUCCGGAUGAUGGGAAACUUAAGUCGGAAAUGAUGGUUAAGGAUAAUAGGCGGUAUUAUCUAGACCUUAAGGAAAAUUCUCGUGGCCGUUUCCUGCGGGUGAGUUCCGCUGUGUCGCAAACGAUAACACGAGGGGGACCGAGAACACAGAUCGCGAUACCAGCGCAAGGUAUGAUCGAGUUUCGCGAUGCCUUAACAGAUCUUCUCGAGGAAUUUGGCACGGAUGAUGGUGGCUUUAAGGGAGACUUACCCGAAGGACGUUACAUGCGCGUCGACAAUAAAAAUUUCUACUUCGAUAUUGGACAAAAUAAUCGAGGCAUUUACAUGAGAAUCUCUGAGGUGAAGACAAACUUCAGAACGGCCAUAACAGUACCAGAGAAAUCCUGGGCACGAUUCCGAGACAUCUUCGCGGACUAUUGUGACAAAAUGAAGGAGAGUGGCGUUGGCGCUGGCGGCGGAAGCAGUUCACUGUCCGAAGGAAAAGGAUCAGUGAUGGCACAGGUACCAUCACCAUCUUCUACUUCACAACAACCCAAUCCCAAUCCAAAUCUAGAUUCCCCUUUAAUCAAGUGAAAAAGGCUUUAACUUAACUCGAACAUUGGAAUUCUAACCGUAACUCGUUUUCGAAUCGUUAGGCGUUACUAUAUAAAAAAAAUUAUAAUAAUAAUUUGUCUCUGAGUCCAUAUGCCGUCAUCAUCAUCAUCAUCAUCAUCAUCAUCAUCAUCAUCAUCAUCAUCAUCAUCAUCAUCAUCAUCAUCAUCAUCAUUACCAUUAUCAUCAUCAAUCAUCGUUACUCUCGUAUCCUGUGGCGUUUCUAGAAUUCUGAUUAAAUUAAACAGAGCAUCUAGUCUCUUGUCCCAAUCAAUUUCUCGUUUCAAAGUACAUAUUUCAUUAAGAAAAAGAAAAAAGGCUGGACCAGUUUUAUCUAUUGACGAAUUAUUAUCAAACGCGUAAAAAAGCGAGUUUUACGAUUAUUAAAAAAAAAAAAUUUGUAGGUAUUUCGAAGGUUAUGGAGCGCAAUGUCCUUAUUUGGACGGGAAUUGCCGUCGAUUAACGUUGUAUAUACUACCGUUCAUUUCCUCGGUUUUUCGCCCCACCCACUCCCCCCCCAUUUCCCUCUCCCCACGAUAAUAAUUGCACUUUCUUUAGCUAUCAGUUUAUUCAUUGAAACUAAGUUCCCCACACUCCCUCUAACUCUUUACUUUCUUCCCUAUUUCUCUUUCAAAACUUAUCUCUCGUCAGCACGCCUCAUGUCCAACGAGAAAAAAAAUAAUUCCUCGCGGGAAAUGGACUGUAGUCGAGGUUACGUUUACAAUUGAAUUUGAUCGUUCAGAAUUUAUGGAUAAAAUAGUUGUUAUAUUAACGAUUUACGUCGCGGAGGAAAAAAAGAGACGAACGUCGACCGUUCCAUUUUGGUGUCGCUUUAAAUUUAUUUUAGAGAAAUAUUAAAAUUUUGUUUUAUUGAAAAAUUAUUGAGAAAGAAAUAUCAGUGAUAAAAUUAAGAAAAUUAAGAAAAAAAUGCGCAUGAGGAAAAUUUUGAAAUCGUCAAACGGUAUACACUGCGACAACCUAUAAUACGCAUUCACAUUUACAUCCUUCGUUUUUACAAAUCGAUCGACGUCUUUUAUUGAAAUAAAUAAUAAUAAUGAGGUAAUAUAUAGAGAAGAAAAAUAAUAGGCGGCAAAAAGAGAUAAUAGCCGAUUACGAUCCAUAUAAUGUGUAUAUUAUUAUAAAAUAUAUUAAAUUACAGUUUAAUCGGGCACACACUUGAACGUAAUCGAAAGUCUUCUUUUUAUUAGCAUACACAUCCAGUGUGUCUGUUUAAAGAAUUUUAAAGAAACAAAGAAAAAAAGAAAAAAAGAUACGUUCACGAUGUUUGAGCUCGACGGCCGACUUCUAAUACAAUUGCAUUUUAGAUAUGUAUUAUACGAAUAAACAUAUUAGGUAUUUAUAUAGAAUCUAUGUAAACUGUAUAAUUAUAACGAAAUGCCAAUGUCAACGGACCCAGGUGUCUGCGAAACCCAAGAAACUAAAAAGUCAUAUUGAUUUUCAAAUCACUGUCAUUCAUUAUUGGCUGGCAGUCACUUGGGUCCGUUUUUCUUUCGGGCGCAAGGAAAACAAAAAAAUCGAUUUUAUUCGAAAUGUAAUAUUGAAGAUCGAGUCGGAGAUGGAUACACGUUCGAGUUAAUUCCCUGAUGGAAGAGAAAAGAAAAUGAAAUGGAAAAAAUAUUUAAAAAAAGCAAAAAAAAAAAGAAAAAAAAAGAAAAAAACCAGAAAAUCUUAUACGCUUUCAUUCUGCAACGCUGUGCUAACGAUGAUGUCGACAAUUUUUUGAACGACUAUCCGUUCCCUUUUACGUUCUUAUAAAAUAUUAUAAUGAUAAAAUAUACGUGUUAAAAAAAUGAAAUACUGUCCGAAAAUGGAACGACAAAAACUCGUAAGCAUUUCGCGCUGGUGCGAAAUCUAUUAUUAUUAUAAAUAAAUAAGCGGCAUAGAUUAUGCAUACACAGAUUUACGUGCUAUUUAAUUGAAUAUAAAAAAAGGGCGAUGAAUGAUGAUUUGCAAUAAAAUCAGAAGACAUUUCGCAAUUUCAAUUGAGAGAUGAAAAAAAAAUUUUAUUUAUUUUUUAGCGAUGAUCUUUAUUAUAUAUUUCGAUUUAAGACGCAUCAAAUGCGUCUUUUUAAUUGUGAUUGAUUGUUCAUAUUCAUAUUAUUGAAUUUAAUGUUUCAUGAUUAUUGAUUAUUGAUUGUUCUUAAUAUUGUUCUCCGUUGCAUCUUCGAUUUAUUAUUAUUAUUAUUAUUAUUAUCUUCUUUUUUUUGUCUCUUCUAUUCUAAAUCAACAAUUUCGGCUGGUCUGAAUUUAACUAGGAUAUUACAUAUAAUUCAAAGGAUAGAUUAACGAAAUAUAAAUCACAAUUAUAGAAAUCCAAGGAGACUUAAAAAAAGAGGAAUAAAGUGAAGCCAGGGUCGCCAGGAAAAAUAUACGUCACUCUUAAAUUUGUUAAGCACCGUGUUGAUUAUUCGCAAAGAACUAACGUGCUUUUUUUUUUGAGAAUGAAAGUACCAUUUUGUUUGUUUUUUUUUUACUUUCUUCUAAAGGAAGUAUUUUAUUGUGUGGUUAUUUAGGAAUAAUUAAAAUUAUUCGACUAUUGUAAAUUCAAAUUUAAUAUUUAAUAAAAUAAUUUUUUGAAAUGUA